AUGCUUUUUAUCACCUUAGUCGUAAAUGUCCUCAUCCAUCUCAUCUGCGACGAGCUCGUCGACAGCAUCGUCCGAAUCCAUGUCAUCGUCGUCCGUGUUGAGCUCGCUGUCCUGGUGGUUGGGCAGGACAACCAGUCUGCCGUUGAUGAGCUCGACGCGAGCGGUCUCGCCAUCGCGAACGUUGCCCCGCAGGAUCAGGAUGGCCAGCUUGUUGAGGACCUCCUUCUCGAUCAGGCGGGACAGUGGACGAGCACCGUAGGCGGGCGAGUAGCCGGCGUUGCCGAGGUAGUCCUUGGCCUCGUCCGACACGUCGAUGAUGACCUUGCGGUUGUUGUCCUCCAGCCGCUUCUGGAUCUCCUGCAGACGGAUGUCGACAAUCUUGCGGAUCUCGCGGCGGGUGAGACGGUUGAAGAUGACGGUCGAGUUGAUACGGUUGAGGAACUCGGGCAAGAAAUAACUGCGGAGCGCGUUCAUGACAAGCUCGCGGGUCGUCGGGUCGACCUUGCCCUCACGGUUGGUGGACUUGGUGAGGUACUCGGCACCCAAGUUGGACGUCAUGACGACGAUGCAGUUCUUGGCGUCGACAAUACGACCUUGGCCGUCGGUGAUACGGCCGUCGUCCAUGAGCUGGAGGAGGACGGUGAGUACCUCCUUGGCAGCCUUCUCCACCUCAUCGAAGAGGAGGAUGGAGAAAGGCUUGCGGCGGAGGGCCUCGGUGAGCUGACCACCGGCAUCGUGGCCGACGUAUCCCGGGGGAGCACCAAUCAUCCUGCUAAGAGCAUGUCUCUCCUGGUACUCGGACAUGUCGAAGCGGAUCAUGGCCUUGGGGUCGUCGAAGAGGAACUCGGCAAGGGCCUUGGUCAGGAGAGUCUUACCGGUACCAGAGGGACCGCAGAACAGGAAGCUGGGUGGCUGGUUGGGGUUGCUGAGACCAGACCGCUGAAGGCGGAUGGCGUUGGAAACGGCCUGGACGGCUUCCUUCUGGCCGACGACGACCUUGCCGAGAACCUUCUCCAUGUUGACAAGCUUCUCCUUUUCACUCGUCUUGAGGCGAGUGACAGGGAUACCAGUCCAGCGGGACACGAUCUCGUUGAUGUGGUCGGCGGUGACCACAUCGGUAACCAUAGCGUUGUGGUCCUGGCCGGUGGCGUUGAGAGCAGCGUCGGCGGCGGCCUUCUUGGCCUCGAGCUCCUUGAUGACCGCGCGCUGCUCGGGGAUGGCGCCGUACUGAAGGUCGGCAGCCUUGGCAUGGUUACCGGCGUUUGCGGCAUCCUCAAGACGCUUCUCGAGCUCGUCGAGCUUCGUCUUUGCCAAGUGGAUCUCCUCGCCUCUCUUGAUCUCGCUGAGGUACUUUUGGCGGAGAGGUUCCAACUCCUCCUCGACGUUCUUGGCAUCCUUUCUCGCCUGGAUCAGGCGAGUCUGGGAAGCCUCGUCCUUCUCCUUCUCCAAAGCGGCAAUCUCGAUCAUGAUCUGACGGAGCUUGCGCUCGAGAGAGUCGAUGAUUUCGGGUUGAGACUCUCUUGCGACUCUGACAGCGGCGGCGGCCUCAUCGACCAGGUCGAUGGCCGAGUCGGGAAGUCUCCUGGAAGUGAGGUAGCGUCCAGCAAGGUUGGCGGCUGCUACCAAGGCGUUGUCGAGAAUCGUGACGCGGUGGUGUCUGUCGUAUCGCUCCUUGAGACCACGGAGAAUGGAAAUGGUCUCGCCGAUGCUGGGUUCCUUUACAAGGACCUGCUGGAAACGACGCUCGAAAGCAGCAUCCUUCUCAACAUACUUGCGCAAGUGGAUCUCGUCGACGAAGAGGACAAUCAUCUCCUUGGAGUCCUCAAUCUCCUUCAGAACACCCUUCAUCCUCUCCUCAAACUCUCCGCGGUACUUGCUUCCGGCCACCAAGGCGCCGACGUCAAGCGACAGCAGCUUGCAGGCCUUGAGGUUGUCGGGCACAUCGCGGUUGACGAUGCGCUGGGCGAGACCCUCGACGACGGUAGUCUUACCGACACCGGGCUCACCAAUGAGGACGGGGUUGUUCUUCGUCCGGCGGGACAAGAUCCGUACAACUCUCCGGAUCUCCUCCUCGCGGCCAAUGACCGGGUCCAUGUUCUUGUCUCGGGCCAAGGCCGUCAUGUCGAUGGUGAACUUGGCAAGGUUCUCGUGCUCCUCCUCGGUGUCAGCAUUCUUGCUGUCCACCCGCUUCGUGCCGCGAAUCUGGGUGACGGCAUCGUGCACAAGCUUCGCCUUAGGGAUGUUCGCCUCCUUCAGACAGGUCUGUAUCGUGUGGUCUUCGGCAAGAGCUUGGAUGAGGUGGUCGAUAGCGAUGAAGCUGUCCUUUUGCGUCUUCUGCAGUUCCUGAGCCUUGCGGAGGACGGCGUGGAAGGUGGGCGCCACGGAGACCUGGUCUGGUGGCGGGUCUUGGCUCGGCAGACGCACCAGUGUCUUCUUGAGUGCUCUGUCGAAAGCUUGAGGGUCGCCGUGUGCGCGCUCGAUAACCUGCCGGAACAUUGA